GUUACCUUUUGUUUAUUGUUAAUACUGUGUCUCCAUAAAAAUAAAAUAAAAAAAAGCCUUAUAGCGCUAGGACCCCACGGACCAAGGGUCUCGACACCGAAUGGGAAAAAGUCAUAUUCGGAGCAUAGACCCCUGUAUUUGCACACUUUAGCCUUUUCAGCCGCUUCACAAGCCGCACCAAGAUAUUAAUUAUGUAUCCCGUUUUGAUAAAUUUUGUGUUGAGUUUGACUCUACUCGUACAAGAGUGUGUUAGCAGUUUACAUGAGCAGUAUAGAGUGCCCCGUGCCUCAUCUGACCGCUGGGAAGCCUACGUCUUCAACGAGCAGGAGUAUCUGAUACAGAAUCUACCAGUCACUUGGGAGAACGCCAAGAUUCUAUGUCGUGGACAUCAUAACGGCUCGCUGGCUAUCUUGGAUACAAGGGAAAAAGCAGAAUUUUUGGCCGAGGCACUAUCGGAACUGCAAUUUACGAUCGAAUCAGUAUGGGUAGGCGCUAGACGUCAAUCAAGUGAUGACCCUGAAGGUUACCGCUGGAGCCAUGGCGUGGAGCUGACGAGGACCGUUGCUGAUGUGCUGUCCAAUGAGUUGGAUGAAGCAGGGGGACAUUAUCCUAUGUGGUUGAAUCGCACUCACGUGCCGGUUCCUGAUGGUGGCGCAGACUGCGUGGCGUUGGAGAGAGUGCGUCACGACAAACCAGUGUUCCUCGACCUGCCCUGCUAUUUGGAGAGGCCUUUUGUCUGCGAAAGAGAGGCCCGAGUGGAAGUAAAAGUACAACAACUGAAGACUGUACGUUGCCGUACAGGACGGUACCACGUCUUCGAUGGCAGGUUGGACUGGUAUCAAGCGGCCGCUUACUGCGUGCUGAGGAAGAUGGCGUUAGCAAACAUAGCUUCAAUGGCAUGCUUGAAGAAGAUAGGGCUUACCAUGUUGAAGGCAAGACCAAGUAUAGAGAGUGCGUGGAUAGGCGCUCGGGGUUCUCUGGGUCAAUGGACGUGGUCAGACAGCGGGCGGAGCAUUUCCAGUGCUUCUCAGUUCACUGACUCUCCGAACUGGCCGCCUAUGAGGGACAGGUCGGCUAUGAAACAAAAUGGCUGCCUUCAAAUUGACAGGCAUGAAACUCGAAAUCCUGUGUUUUUGGAAGCGCGGUGUGAAAGAAAAAUGCGGUUUAUAUGCUAUCAAGGUAUACCAACCUUCCAGCUGUUACCAGCGCCACCUAGCGAUGAAAAUUAUUACUACGUGCUUGUCAGACAGCUUUUCUAUUGGCAGCACGCCUUUGAAAACUGCCAAAAACUGAACGGUUCCCUCGCAGCCAUUGACAAUAAUGAUGUAUUGAUACAGCUGCUCUUGGUGAUGGGCGAAAAUAAAGACGAACCUGUUGAACAUAUCUGGAUCUCUGGUCGCCUGGACAUGAGGAAGGACGUGUCCAGUGACAUGGCGACAUAUACUUGGUACAAUCCGGCCAAUGGGAAAAGGAUACCACAUCCUAAGACAUAUAAUGAUAUACAAGCUCAUCCCAAUAGCUUCAAUGACACUUCUGUUGGAGAGUAUAUGCCGCCAUGGCUGAACGAGGAGUUCACCAUGGACAGUUCCUGCCUGAAUCUGGACAGACAGGACCAUCUGAACGGGCUGCUAUACGGGUUGCCUUGUGAUACUCCGCAGUACUCCGUUUGCAUGAUACGUAUAGAGAAAUCUUCACCAACACCUGCAUCCAGUGAAAAUAUCAAAGAGGGAUCUGAAUCUACAUGAAACUUUCAUCACAGGGCAUUAAUGCCCACACUACCAAGUACCAGCAAGAAACUCGGCGGCUGCUCUUUCAAAACAGGACAAAGUUUUAAAAAUGUAGCCUGUCACCAUAUGUAUAAAUAAAUGUCUGUCA